UUGUUGCGCUCCUCUUCAUCUCCGCGGGAUCUCGAUCCUUCUUGAACGAGACACUUGACCUUCCUCGACGAUCGCCUUCUGCAAGAGUGACGUAAAGAACAAAAAAAAAAACGAGAAGAAAGAAGAAGUGGGCCGGCGCAUGGCGAAGUGCACAGCAGUUUGGAGCGAACAUCCUAAGUGGCGCACGGAGAGUUCUCGCCCAGCGUCUUUUUUUUUUUUUCCGGUGCGUGUUGUCGCUCUCAGUGGGAUGUUACGUUCGUGACAACUCUUUUUUUGGGGACUGGCGCGUGUGCGUGCACGCAGGUGUGACAAGCAGAGACUUUUUUUUUUCUCCCCCUCCCCACCCUUCUUCUAACACGUCAGAGAAUUGAUGACUCCCCCGCCGCGUGUGGAGCGCAGGACCACUCUUGUCUGUGACUUAACUCAACUUUGCGCUCGGAAUAUUGGACAGCCUUGUCGCUUUAUUUCUGUGUCGUCACAGUUUUUUUUGAAAAUUACUUUGUAGUCUCGAAAGACAAACAUGAUGGAACACUCAUUCAUCAGAGUCACGUGCAUCUUGGUGGUUUUCUGCCUGCUUGACAAAAGGGUAGACUCCAAUGAAAUCUUGGGCCUGAAGCUGCCCAACAUCGACCCGAUCCUGAACGCCAACACGGUGUGCCUGACGUUACCUGGCUUGACCCGGCGCCAGCUGGAGGUGUGCAUGCGCAACCCGGACGUGACGGCCUCGGCCAUCCAGGGAAUCCAGAUCGCCAUCCACGAGUGCCAGCAUCAGUUCCGAGGGCACCGCUGGAACUGUUCCAGCCUGGAGACCAGGAACAAAAUACCGUAUGACAGCAUCGUCUUCAAAAGAGGUUUCCGAGAGAGCGCCUUCGCCUACGCCAUCGCGGCGGCGGGCGUGGUGCACGCGGUGGCCAACGCGUGCUCCAUGGGCAAACUGAAGGCCUGCAGCUGCGACGAGAAGCGGCGCGGCGACGAGGAGGCCUUUCGGAUCAAACUGCACCGCUUGCAACUGGAGGCCAUCAAUCGAGGAAAGGGGAUGGUACACGGCGUGAUGGAGCACUUCCCCGCAGAGCUGCCGGGACCGCAGGACUCCUGGGAGUGGGGCGGCUGUAGUCCCGAUGUGGAGUUUGGGGAAAAAUUCUCGCGGGACUUCCUGGAUGCCCGCGAGACCUACCGGGACAUCCACGCGCGGAUGAGGCUUCACAACAACCGCGUCGGCAGACAGGUGGUGCUGGAUCACAUGAGAAGGAAAUGCAAGUGUCACGGGACAUCUGGAAGCUGCCAGCUGAAAACCUGCUGGCAGGUCACUCCCGAGUUCCGGGUGGUGGGCUCCAUCCUAAAAGAGCGCUUCCACAUCGCCACUCUCAUCAAAGCCGACAACCGCAACACCGGCCAGCUGGAUCACUCGCACCACAACAACAACAACAACCACAACCAUCACAACAACCACUACCAUCACCACCACCACCACCACCACCAUCACCACCACCGCGCGCACCGCAGGAGGCCCGGCAUCAACGACCUGGUCUACUUUGAAAAAUCGCCCGAUUUCUGCGAGAGGGACCUGAGCUCGGACUCGGCGGGAACGCAGGGUCGCAUCUGCAACAAGACCAGCCCGGGCAUGGACAACUGCGAAAGUCUGUGCUGCGGCCGAGGCCACAACAUCCUGCAGCAGACGCGCAACGAGCGCUGCAACUGCAAGUUUCACUGGUGCUGCUACGUGGUGUGCGAAGAGUGCCGGAUAACAGAGUGGGUCAGCGUGUGCAAAUGAAGACGCGACGGGGGCGGGGGCGAAACAAUGAAAGAGAGAUAAAAAUAAAAAAAAAACAACUUUCAAAGACGCUGAUCGGAAACGAGAAAGGGGCCGAGACUGUCGUGUAUGCACCCCACUCCCUCUCACCGCCGGCUCCACCGAGGAGCAGAAAUGUGUGAAGAGUGCCAAGCGCUUCCGUCGGCAGAACAAAUCGAUUUCCAUGUCGGAAUUGAGUGUGUCCAUGCACUGUAUGCCUGACGCUGUCACGACUGUGCGAGCGUACGUGUGUUUGCAUUACUUACGAUACAAUCAGGUAUCUGAAAGCAAUAAAAGCAACAACAACAAAAAAUGACACACACACCAAAAAAAAAAAAAAAAAGAAAAUUGCACCGCACGAGAGAUAAAAUCGUAGGAUUGUUCUAUGAAAUGUAUGCUUCACAGGCAGUAUUGACAACAUUGACACAAUGUUACAUAAUAGUUCUGCUAUUGGCAUCAUGCACAUGCAGGAGCAAACAGACGGGAAGGUGUUGGCGCACGCCCGGAGCACAAAGAUGCCGGGUCCCGUUUAAGGGCACUUCAAUCAUCAGUGUCACGUUUUUGUGUGUUUAUGGAUUAGACUUGGAUUUUGGUCAUUCUAGGAACACGUAACACAAUGUUAUGCAUCUCACCUAAAGCAA